AUGGGAACACCGCGCCGCUCUGUAAUUCGUAUUUCUUCGGCUCGUUCUGCGUUGCAACCAGGUGAAUGGAAUUGUCUUGCAGAUUGUGAUUUAAGAAUCGCGCGCUACUUCCUUCACGAUAACUUCCGAUACUUAUGGCUAACCUUCGAAAUCGACGUUUAUAGAAUUUACGUAUUCCAGUCUUGCGUUUAGCAAGAUUAGCAAGCUAGUUCGCGAUAAGUUCAAUUUUCUGUUUUCUGCGGGAGAGCAGCUACAGAAAAAUUCUUUUCCACUUGGUUUUGGAGCCAAAUACGCAUCAUUCACCUUCGUAAUUAAACUUUGCUUUUCAUCAAUUUGAAUCUAUUUUCAGUCUUCUUUCAAAAAAAGACAACCAAAAAAACUUCACAUCAACAUCAAAACGAAUCAGUUUCAAACUAUUUACGCACUCGUUACACAAUCGUCCUAUCCUACCCUCCUCCAACAUUAUUAUCCUACGAAAUUGGCUUCUUCAGGGUUCGUGCAAAUUAUUCGAUCGGCGUCAGAAGCUAUCAACGACAUCCCGUAUCGUCUGUCAUCGUUUACUGCCCGCUGUUUAGUUCAGCUGGCACGGCUCCGGUGGUAGCCACGGCGAUAGCCGUCGUUAACGGCGUGAAACGGUUGACUGACUCCCCGUACAUAAUCGUAGCCGUAGAAUGGUUCUGGAGCGUCAUAUCCUUCGGCACGAUUAAAGAACCGACGACUUUAAUCCCGGACGAGCGUCCACGGGGACGCCAGGGAAUACGAUUCCGGCAUAAAGCGACGACUUUAUGGUUAUUCGACGUACGAUUCGCUGACGGGUUCACUUUGUGGAAGACAACGGGGCUGGAAGGAAGAGGAAACAGAGAGAGGCGGAGGAAGACGAUGACGAGGACGAGAAGGUGGACUCACGAAGGACGACAAAACGCAGCAGCCACGCCGGUUUUGCUACCUGAACGCUUGCUCCCAGCGAGAGCUUUCUUUCAUCAAGAGACAUCUCGCCUACGUUCUGAUUCUUUAACAAUUCUUGGUGAAGACUACGUCACUUUUCAAAUCUUUUCAUUUUGCUGUUUCGUUUAUUUGGAAGAUCGGUAGAUUUAAUAAGAUAGAGAAUUUUUGCUCCAGUCGUUUAUUUAUCGUAAUUUUUUUAGCUAGCUAGCUUUUCUAAAGCAGAAAUGAAUUUCAGAUUCAGACAGAAACAUGCUUUUAUUAUUAUUCGUUGCUGUAACUUUGUUACUUACAAUUAGAACUGAAGACGCAGUAUAAAACGUAAUCCAUAUAAUAAUUUCAUCUUUCUAUUUCAGUAAUACGUAGAUUUCUUUUAGAACGAACUUUUUUGCUAUUUUUUAUUGCAAUAAGCUAUAGUAUAGUUAUAGUUCGCGUCCAUAAUUCUAUUUUUAAGCAGCAAUAGUUGGAUAAAUUUCUGCUUACAUCAAUUCCACAUAUUAUUUCGUUAAAGAUAGAAUCGAUAGCUGUAAAAAAAUUUGUUUCCACGAAAUCCUCCCUUGCAGUUGCGUAAACUGACUGUUAUGUAUCGCAACACACGGCAGAGGAACAUUUCAGAAAUAAACUGCGAACUUCACCGUCAGGUGUAGCCAUGAAUCAAGUCGAACUUCGCCGUUUCUCAUUCCCUAAAACGAAGAUCGCCUAUUCAAUGAUUCGAUCGUUCCCUCUGUCUUUCUAAAACCUUCUGAAUAUUAUGGCACUGGCACGUACUGUUAUUUCGCGAUUCAGUUCCACGGUAGUUAUGCGUGUCUUUAAACACAUUUUUAGUAUCUCUGUAAGGUAUGAACAAUUAAUGCAGCGUGACAUAUGUCCAAAUAUUACGUUCUACUAAACUUAUCUUCGAAUAGUACAUUUGUUAUAACACACAGGCUUGAAAUUUCAGAGUUUCAUCAAACUCUCAUCUAUCUUUUGACAUGAAGCCAUUUCUGAAACUACCGAAAUCAUUGAAGUAAAAAGAAGAAAAAAAAAAUGUUAUGCAUAAUUGAAACGAGAAAUUACAAGCAAUUCUUUUGUAUUUUUCUUUUUUUCAACUACAAAUAAUUUGCCAAUAUCGAAAACUGUUGGCAGAACUCAAUAGUUAAGAUUUUUCCAAAUAUUCUACGUAUUAGAUUCCUCGGUAAGUUUGCAACAUUUUUGACAAUUGAUACUUCGUAAUCUCUCUCUCUCUCUCUCUCUCUCUCUCUUUCUUACAGAAUACAAAUUCUCUCACAAAGUAUACAAUCCUCGAAUUUUACUUAAAUUUCGCUACGAACUUUCUGAACAAUCCGACACAUAAUUUAAACAUUCCCUGUUACAAUUUCCUCUAAAUUCCAAGGUUCGCUGACUCUGAAUCAAGGUAAAAGAAAAAGGUGAAAGUAGUUGUUAGUUUUCAAUCAUCCACGAGUGUCUUUCUCAGGUGUAAACGAACAUCUCAAUCGCGUGUCGAAGGAGGAAACGUGAAGGUACACCCUGUAGUGAGAGAGAACAGAAGGGCCCUGGGCGCGAGAGGCGUAGACCACGGAGAAAACACGGCUUGCUGAGAGUUGAUGUGUGGCCAUUGUGACGGAAUUUUGAUAACGACAGGCAACGCCACGGGGUAUCCCGCGGCGCUACCCGCGAUUCGGACGUCGGACAUAAUUCUCGUAAAAUUCUCGGCUUUAUGGUAAUGUCCCUGUCUCUGUAUUGCCGUGACAGGCCACGUCAGGCCUUCGAAUUUUCUCUCUUUCUGAACCGGCUCGAUGAUUUUUUUCUUAUCACCAGAUCGGCCAAAAGCCUGCCGGAGGAUUCUCUAACCGACCGGUAAUGUCCCGCUUAAUUCUCGAAUUGUCCUACACGAAGUCGAACAUCGUGGAACUCUCUGGUGGCUGUUUCGAAAGAUACGAGCGACAGAUAUUUCUCAGCUUCUUGAAUUUUUAUCCUUUCGAAUCGAAUCUUUUUCUGAGUCGUUUGAACCUCCAGCGGUGAUCGAGGAUGCCGUGCUAUGUAUUCACGUAUCGGAGUAUGAUUUUUCACCCUUGUUAAAUAGUCCUUUUUAAUUUAUUUUUCGAUCUUUUGUUUUUACUUUGAUUCAAGUAGUAUAAUUGUAGUAUAGAAAUUUAAAAGAUUAGCCAACCAAAUUUAAUUCAUUUUGGUCGAAUUUAGUAAUUUCUAUCUCUAACUAAUACUAAUUUAAUAUCAAUUACAUAAAAGUACAUCUCUUCUACGUUACCAUUUCUUCAAUACAGUUUUAUCUGUGUUUUAUCAUUGCACAAACAUCUUAUCAGUUUGUAUUUAUCGUGACAAGAGAAUGACGCGAUUAUCUGGUCAUCAGUGCGGUCAGAAAAAUUCGAAACUCCAUCGCGAGGUAGCACUCGGAUUACAACUUUACUAAUGAAAGAAGCUCGAAAGUCUCGGCUACAGCGUUUUCACACGAGAGGCACCACAGAUUUACCGAAUUUCUCACAAGGUCCCGGCUGUGGCCUAUAGUCGUAACAGAUAAGAUCUCGCCGGGUUACACGUAACGCCGGAAAGCCCGCGUUCCUAAGCAUUCGCCGUCUUGAUUCUUCGCUCUAACCGCGAGUAUCAUCUUCAUCUUUAUCAUCGUCGUUACAACGUCGCCACAGGAUGUCGACCCUUUCGAGUUCUAACCUCCUAGUCUCGUCGCAAUGGGGGAAACUAGGCAGAUAAACGCGAGCAACGUUGAAGCUUUGCGCCACUGCGUUCCCAUUUUCCUUGGCGAAACAUGGAAUUAGCGAAAGCUACUUUCGUUUAGAUAUUUUCAUUCAGGGUCAGCAUGCAGUCCGAAGCUUUAACACUAGAACUACCGGUUAAAGCAUGA